AUGAGACCUGAUAUAUUUAAGGCUACUGUAGCUGGAGUACCAUUUGUAGAUGUUGUGACUACAAUGCUUGGUCCAACUAUUCCUCUUACAACUGCAGAAUGGGAGGAAUGGGGUGAUCCUCGGAAAGAAGAGUUCUACUUUUACAUGAAAUCAUAUUCACCAGUUGACAAUGUGAGUGCCAAUGUAUCUUGUUUCAGUUUAACUGACAUAAAUCCAUCUGACAGAUCAUCAAAUGAAAAUGUUGAAGUUAAUUACUGA